UGUGAUCAAUAAGUGAUGGAUGAAAUGUAUUUACUUAUCUACUAGCCCUCCUGCUGUGCUUUCAACUCUCACUGAAAAUUAUUUUCUCAUCUUUUGCAGCCAAACCGUCACUUGGAUUUCCAACGUAGUUUCCAGCAUUCAAGGGGCAUCACUGGCUCCAAGUGUCUUUUGGGCAGGGGGACGGAUGAAAGGUAGAAGUUGUUGGAGGCCCAGCUGGGCUGUCGCUGCUCUGUUUUUCCCCGCUGCUCUGCUGAUGCUGACCUUCAGGGGAGCAUCAAGCAGCCAGAAGAUGUCACAAACCUCUAUGGCUCAUGCAACGGCUACAGCAGCUGGACCAGGCCCGAGUCUGGCAGAUGACCUCCCAGGCCUCCAGGCGGUCACAGAUUUUCUUACCAGUGAACUCACGCAUGUAUGGUUCCUGUCCCUGGUUGGCUCAGUCGCUGUAGGCCUUAGUGGAGUUUUCCCUCUGCUUGUUAUUCCUUUUGAAUCAGGAGCUGCCCUCAAGACUGAAGCUGGAUGCCAAAAGCUGAAGCAGCUCUUGAGCUUUGCUAUUGGUGGUCUCCUAGGUGAUGUGUUUCUUCACCUCCUUCCUGAGGCGUGGGCGCUCUCUGGCCCUCAAGCUAGUAAACACAACCACUACAUGACCCAGGGCUUGUGGGUAAUCAUCGGUCUGUUUGCCUUCCACCUGCUGGAGAAACUGUUCCCAGAUGAAGACGGCCUCAAGGAUGCCCCCCCAGAUUCAGACCUGAAUUUUAAUCUCUCUUCAAAUUCAGCUAUAAAUGUCAAAGCAGAAACAUCACUCAGAAAUGGAAACCAUGCUGAGGCGUGGAAAUCCUUCCAGCGACAGACUCAGCAAGACACCUCAGAGAAAAUUAAGACAAGUGGGUACCUUAACCUUCUGGCCAACUGCAUUGACAACUUUACUCACGGGCUGGCAGUAGCUGCAAGUUUCUUGGUGAGCAAAAAGGUUGGAUUCCUCACCACUUUUGCUAUUCUACUCCACGAAAUCCCUCAUGAGAUAGGAGACUUUGCUAUUCUGCUGCGAGCUGGGUUCGAUCACUGGAGUGCCGCCCGGAUGCAGCUGUUUACGGCUCUGGCUGGGAUCUUGGGAGCUUGUUUCGCCCUCUGUGCUCAGUCACCCAGAGCUGCUGAAAGCUCCUCCAGCUGGAUUCUAUCUUUCACUGCCGGGGGUUUCCUCUACAUUGCCUUGGUUAAUGUUGUGCCUGACCUGCUACAGGAGUCCAGUUUAAGACACUCCCUGGUGCAAAUGCUGCUCAUUUUCUGCGGGAUGGGUACCAUGGUUUUCCUCUCAGCCAUUGUUGACUGAACAUGGGGGUGGAAAUCUCUCCCACCUUAACAAACACUACUACUGGAGAUAUUUUUUCCUCUGCACCAGCGUCUUAUUCUUUGAACCAUCAUCCAGAUGAAGAGGCGGAUUCUUUCAAGGCUCUCUGUCAUCGCUGUCAUGGAGCACUAGAGCAAAUAUCUUAAAAAAGUAUAGCACUUUAUUUACAGAUGACUGAAAGGAAAGACUGUUUUGUAAGACAGAUAGGACGAGACAUUAAUGGGUGGACACUUUGAAAUGUGCCAUAAGGAAUGGUCAAGGAUAAAAAAAAAACAAAGUUUAUAUGGAAAUCUGUUACCAAACUGUCUUUUAGACAAUCAUGAUGCUUUGCACAUACAUUCACUACCAGGUACAAAAGACGACUCUUGAUCUCAAUAGGAGGUAUUUCUUGCACAGAGCAAAGAGCUACAUCUAAUUUUUUUAAAUGUGUGUUGUCAUUGGCGUUUGCUUCUGAAUACACAAUGAAAAUAUUUUUCAUCA